CAACGAACAGCGGGUGGAGGAGGACGUAGUGUCUUCCGGUAGUAGUGCCAAGGUUCAUUCCGGUUCAUUCAUGUUCAGAAGAACUAGCAGAGCAGGAGGAGAACGAUGAGUUUGUUGAACUGCAUGAAUGCGUUAUACAGUCCCUUGGGUUUGGGAGUCGUCACCGGACUGGGCUGUGGACUCCUCUUCGGAUGGCACCUCCGGGUCCGCUUUGGACCAACACAGAAGAGCCCAGUAAAUGUGAUGGGGAACGGCUCUGGAGAGGCCAGCGUGAUGGGUGAAGGGGGGGAGUUCAAGAUGGUUCUAGUGGUGCGUAAUGACCUAAAGAUGGGCAAAGGGAAAAUCGCAGCUCAGUGUUCCCACGCUGCCGUGGCAGCAUACAGGCAGGUACAGCGGAGAAACCCAGAGCUGCUCAGACAGUGGGAGUACUGCGGCCAACCCAAGGUGGUGGUGAAGGCCCCGGAUGAGGACACCCUGAUUCAGCUGCUGGCUCAUGCCAAAGAAGUGGGGCUUACUGUGAGUCUAAUCCAGGAUGCAGGAAGGACACAAAUUGCACCUGGGUCCCGCACUGUUCUGGGAGUCGGUCCAGGUCCUGCUGAUCUGAUAGACCGUGUCACUGGACACUUGAAGCUCUACUAGAUUUACUAAAUACAUCUUUGGGACAUCACAAUUUCCUUGUUGAAAUUAUUGGAAUAUAAACCAUGCUGAGCUCAUUUUUUGUUUUAAAUAACUGAAUUUGGUGCAUAUGUAUUUUUAUGCAGCAGAAAUGGCAUUGACAAAUAUACAUUACUAGAUUUGG